AAGCAGCGCCUGCGCGGGCGCAGGCCUGCCUCAGGGCGGAGAAUGCGCGCGCAGCGCCUUCCUCCCCGGCGGAAGUUUUCGGGGGGCCACUGAAAAGAACACUGUUACGAUGGAGAUUCCAGCCCAGCGCAUCUGAGGGCCAGACCGUGAUCUCAUAAAGCAUGAACACCUUCUGUCCAGACUGUGGCAAAAGUAUCCAAACAGCGUUCAGAUUCUGCCCUCACUGUGGAAAGUCUUUGUCGACAGAGGAGCCUGAGGGGUCCCAGACCUUUGUCAGACCGCUUUCGUCAUCCUUCCGAGGCUCAAGGAGAAAGAACCCCAGUUAUGAAUCCUCUCCCAAGAGAGUGAAAUGGUCCAGCUGUAGCACGUCUUCAUCAUCCAUCUUGUCAAACUGCGGCAGUUCUGGGUCUGAAGAUACCUUGAGUCCCAAAGGUAUUAAUACCUUGAAGCCCAAAGGGGGCAGUCCUCUAACCCCCAAAAGCAGCCCGCAGAUGAAGAAGAAAAGCCCUCAGACACUGAAGCGGAGGCGUGUGACCAUCUCCCUUGAGGCUUUGCCCACGGGGACAGUGCUGAUGGACAAGAAUGGACGACACUGGAAGCUGGGAUCCCUGCAGACCAGAGACGACCAGGGCAUUUUCUAUGAAGCUGAGCCUGUCUCCGCCUCCGAUUCGAGUGGCCAGAAACAAAGAUUCACGCUGAAACUAGAUGCCAAGGAUGGGCGCUUGUUCAAUGAGCAGAACUUCUUCCUGCGGGCCGCCAAGCUUUCGCAAGUGAACAAGUGGAAGAAGCUGUCCUCAACCCCCUUACUGGCCAUCCCCACCUGUGUUGGUUUUGGCAUUCACCAGGACAGGUACAGGUUCUUGGUGCUCCCCAUGCUGGGGAGGAGCCUUCAGUCGGCCCUGGAUGACAACCCGAAGCACACAAUGCCCAUACAGUCCGUGUUCCAGGUGGCCUGCCGGCUGCUGGAUGCCCUGGAGUUCCUCCAUGAGAAUGAGUAUGUUCAUGGAAAUGUGACAGCUAAGAAUAUCUUUGUGAAUCCACAGAACCUGAGCCAGGUGACCCUGGCAGGCUAUGCCUUUGCCUUCCGCUAUUCCCCAGGCGGCGAGCACGUGGCCUACAAGGAAGGCAGCAGGAGCCCACAUGAGGGGGACCUGGAGUUCAUUAGCAUGGACCUGCACAAGGGAUGCGGGCCCUCCCGCCGCAGCGACCUCCAGGCCCUGGGCUACUGUUUGCUGAAGUGGCUCUACGGAAACCUGCCGUGGACAAAAUCCCUUCCCAACACCGAGGAUGUCAUGAAGCUGAAACAGAGGUUCCUUAAUACCCCGGAGGCCCUCGUGGGACAGUGCAGUCACUGGGUACAGCCCUCAGAGACGCUGCAGGAGUACCUGAAGGUGGUGAUGGCCCUCAAGUACGAGGAGAAGCCACCCUAUGACUUGCUGAGGAGCGGCCUGCGCACCCUGCUGCAGGAUCUGCUGGUGUCGGCCUAUGACCCCAUCAACCUCCGGAUGGUGCCCUAGCACUUUCUUUCAACUCCCAGUUUGAAAUCGGGAAAAAAAUGGGAAGAAGAAAUGUGAAACCCAGGCCUGCUGUAGAUUAGCUUCUAGAAAGAUCCCUCGGACGUGCAUUCCUGCCGCUUCUGUAGGCGACGCUGAUGGGCUGAUGGGCAGGAACGUGGCAGUUAGGCUCCAGGUAAUGUGAGCGCCCUCCUUUGAUGUCCCUUCCUCACGUCAUCUCCCGCAGCCGCUGGGGUGGAGAACGGAGAAGACCCUUCACUCGGGACGGGGUUGAGCCGGCCCCUCAGUGGGACCCUUCCUGCCAUUGCAACCACUGUGCUUUGUAAUAAAUGGUUUCAUUGGAGCUUG